AUGGCACUGGAAGUUUUGGUCAAAUUCAAAGGUGCAAGCAGAGAUAUUAAGCUGUUAUGGGCAUCCGUGUUUCUCAGACUUCUGUCCUAUGGAUUAACAAAUCAAGUUUUAACGCUUUUUUUGAAUGCCAUCAAUAUGACAGAAGAUAAGAUUGGGCUAUUCAUGUCAUUGACAUUGGCAGGUGAUGUGGUUUGCUCCUACGUUCUUACUUGGUAUGCGGAUUCUUGGGGCCGAAGAAGGGUUCUAGUGUAUGGUUGUGCAAUGAUGCUGCUAAGUGGGCUGGUUUUCAGUUUUAGUGAAAAUUUCACCCUCUUGUUAAUAUUUGCCAUCUUUGGUGUUAUAUCACCUUCGAGUGAUGAAGUCGGACCUUUCAAAUCCAUAGAAGAGGCCAUGAUUGCACACUUAAGUCCCCAUAACGCAAGGCCCGAAAUCUACGCUAUUCAUGCCUUGGUUGGUACGAUAGGUAGCGCAUUGGGUGCAAUAGUUUGCGGCACACUUGUGGACAUCUUGAAAAGAACUGGAAUAGCUGCUACUGAUUUAAAAUGUUACAAACUAGUGUUCUUAUUGUAUGCCUUUUUUGCAUUCUGUAAAAUGAUUAUCAUGCUCUUAUUAUCUGAUGCUACAGAAAUGGACGGGAGCCAUGACCACAUUGACAACGAAGGGACACUAGAACCGUUAGACGUUAAUGAUGAAACCGCACCAUUGAUGAGGCAAGCAACUCAUCCAGAGGAAAGAUCCAAUAAACUUUCUAAAGAAACAGUUUCAGUCUUGAUGAAGUUAUUAAUCAUCUUUAUGGUCGAUUCUCUCGGAUCAGGGUUUAUUACAAGUGGUUGGAUGGUUUACUACUACAGUAAGCAAUUUUUAAUGGGACCGCUGGCAUUGGGUAUCUUGUUUUUCGUCAGUCAAUUGGUCAUGGCCUCUUCCACGAUUCCAUCAUCUAUAAUUGCCAGGUGUUUCGGCCCGGUAAGAGCCACACUGCUCGUUCAAAUUCCUUCAGGAAUAUUUUCUAUCCUUAUUCCCAUGGCCAAAAACUAUUUGCCCUUGUCUAUCCUAUUUUUGAACCUUCAUUUUGCAACAACUGCCAUGGACGUAACGCCAAGACAAAUUUUAUUGACGAACAUAAUUAAGCCAAGAGAUUUGACCAAAGUUAUGGGGGUGGUGAACAUUGGAAAGACAUUUGCACGUUGUGUCGGUCCAAUAUUCACAGGUAUACUUGCCAACAAUGGCUAUCUAUGGCUAUGUUAUAUCAUUAGUGGGUCUUUGGUGAUAACAGCAGAUUUAAUACUGGCAUGUAUGUUUUUAGGAGUGGAUGCUAAGAUUAAAGAGCAAAUGAACCGCCGCUAA